UUCAUUAUUAGACAUUAGGAAAUAUGAGGCAUCUGGUUCUCUUAUCCGUCGUUAUAGCUUGCGUUGGUGGUGCGAUCCCAAUUGACAAUAGCCACUACGUAGAAGGCGAGAGCCGGUAUGUGUGGCUGACCAACGAUGAAGGCAAGUUGGUUCUCGUGGACCUGUGGGAAGAACUCGAAUCUAGGCCUGGAACAGGUGCUGACAACGAAUACUGGCUUUUCACCAGGCAAAACCCCACUCAGCGUCAAAUUAUUACUCAUGGUGAUGUUGCAUCAGUACAUAAUUCCAACUACGAUGCGAGUAAGCCAACAAAAUUUCUCCUCCAUGGAUGGACUAGCAGUGGCAACUCUGCAUUCAACAUUGUCGUACGAGACGCAUUCCUUGCUGCUGUAGACUGCAAUGUUAUAGUUGUGGAUUGGAACCACGCUGCUUCGGGAAAUUAUCUCAGGGCUGUAGCGGGAGUGCCUAGUGUGGGCGAAUACAUAGGCGACUUUCUGGUGUGGCUCGUCGACACUGGAUUGUCGGACUGGAGCCAAUUCCACCUCAUCGGGUACAGCUUAGGCGCUCACGUCGUUGGAAAUGCUGGACGCAGAGCUGGUGGUCGGCCCUCUAGGGUUACAGGAUUGGAUGCAGCUGGUCCCCUUUGGCGGUUGAAUCCCCACGCUCUCAAUCGUGAAGCAGGACGCUACGUUGAAGCGAUCCACACUGAUGGUGGUAUCCAGGGCAUGCUCAAGCCCAUCGCUGAUGCCGACUUCUACCCUAACGGAGGCAUCAGCUUCCAGCCAGGUUGUGAAAACAGCGGCUGUUCCCACUCCAGGUCAUACCAGUUCUUCGCGCUUAGCGUGAGAAAAGACAGUUUCGUAGGAAGUCGCUGUAACAGCACAAUCCAGGCUGUUCUUCAGAUAUGCUCAGGAGAAGAAUUGAAUAUGGGCAACGCAGACAUUGGCAAAUUCGGAACUGGACUUUAUGGUUUAUCAAUCACAGAAGACGACCUACAUGCGUUGAAAACCACCGCUUUUUAA